AUGACUGCUGAUAAUUACUCGAAUAAUCCAGGUACAACUCAUUCUGGAGGCUACCACCAUGAUGUCGUCAUUCAUGCUCUUCGUAACUGUGGAUAUCGCAUGAUUGAUACGGCAAGGCGGUAUGGUGUUGAACGUGAGCUAGGGUUCGCCUGGAAGGUAUGCUCGGGAGUGUCACGGUCAUUUUUAUUCCUGUGUUCAAAGCUGUGGCCAACCGACUUUGGCUCGGGUACGAGGAACGCAUUCGAAUUGUCUUGCAGGAAACUUCAAACUGAUUACAUAGAUCUGUACAUGACACAUUUCCCUGUGGUUCCGGAUUCUCUCGGGAACUCUCGAUCUGUGUUGGAGGACACUUGGCGGCAACUGGAAUUGCUCUACGAUGAAGGUCGAAUUCGCGCGAUUGGUGUUAGUAACUAUUCCGAAGAUGAUUUAACCGAACUGCUCGAGUACUGUAGCAUGAAACCUCACGUGAAUCAAUGCGAAUUCCAUCCAUGGUACAAUCCUGCAGCUCUGCGCUGUUUCUGUGCGGACAACGACAUCUUAUAUACGGGUUACUGUCCGAUCGCAAAGGGCCGAUUCCUUGAUUCGGACGUGCUGCUGUCGCUGAGCGAGAAGUAUGGUAAGACACCGGCGCAGAUCUGCCUACGUUGGUCGCUUGAACACAAUGUUCCAGUGAUUCCGAAGAGCACGGAAAAAAGUCGCAUUGCUGAAAACAGAAACGUGUUUGAUUUUUCGCUGGACGCCAAUGAUUUGACCGAAAUGGCUGAGCUGCAUUCAAAUCCAAAGAAAUUGGUGCGGUUCGAGGAUCUGCCGGCGAAGUUCGAUCUUCCGGAUGGCUAUAAGCUGGCCGGUCGAGUGUUCGGCGUACCAUGCGGAGGUUGCUCUGGUCCCAUCGAAGCGCCAUUGCUGGGAAGUGCCUUCGUUUCGGAACCGAACUUCUGUUGA